CGUUCAUUUUGUUCAAAACGUCCUUCCGGAUCGUAUCUUAUUCGUACCAGCGGAGCGUGUUUUUUUAGUGUUAUUUAGUGCAAAAUCAUUCUCCAUCUUCCAAUAUGAGAAUCUAUAAGUGUAUUUUUACCGGCGAUGAGAUGUUCUCAGACUCAUACAAAAUGAAGCUGAUCGAUGAUGUCAUCUAUGAAGUGUAUGGAAAAUUGGUGUCCCGUACAGAAGGUAACAUUCAAAUCGAGGGUUUCAAUCCAUCCGCUGAAGAGGCCGAUGAAGGUACAGAUUCCACUGUUGAAACUGGUGUCGAUAUCGUUUUGAACUCCCGUUUGGUUGAAACAUACGCCUUUGGUGACAAAAAAUCAUUCACACUCUACCUUAAGGAUUACAUGAAGAAAUUGAUCGCCAAGUUGGAAGAAAAAUCUCCAGACCAAGUUGAGGUAUUCAAAACCAAUAUCAACAAACAAAUGAAAGAAAUCUUGGGCCGAUUUAAGGAAUUGCAAUUCUUCACCGGUGAAUCGAUGGACUGUGAUGGUAUGGUUGCCCUCUGCGAAUACCGUGAUAUCGAUGGUGUAUCAACGCCUGUGUUCAUGUUCUUCAAACACGGUCUCGAAGAAGAGAAAUUCUAAGUUAACUCUCAAGUCAACUACAACAACAAAAAAAAACCAACAACAAUAAUACAACAAAAUUAAAACCAUGCAGACAUUACACCUGAAUAUAUAUUUUUUUUUGUUCAAAUAACGGCAUACUCCAGUUAAUAUCCAUUUCUUCUUUUGAGUUUUUUUAAUAUAAUACAUUUAUUUGUUUCAUUUUUUUUUCUUUUGAAUAUUUGUGUUAAUGCAAUCCAUUCCUUUUUCAAUACUAAAUUAUUAUUUUUCUACGUCUUAUUUGGAAAACGAUUUUGUGUUACAAUUUCAUGAAAUGUCCAAAAGAAAGAAAGAAAAAAAAAAUAUAGAGAGAGGAAAAAAGCACCGGUUACGAGCAGUUAACAAAGAAA